AUGGGAGAGGCAGUAGCCGCGGCGAGGAUGUUGGGUGCCCCGGCGGAGGAGUUGAGCGCUGCGGAGGAGGCCCUUGCGACGGGCAAUUGGGCGAGGCACAAUCCUCCCCCAGGGAUGGGGCGAGGUCGCCUGCCCGCGAGUCCGCCGUUCGCGCUCAAGGCGGAGACCUUCGAGGACUUCAGGCUCGAGCUCUACGGCGUCGUCUCCGGAUGCUGUGCGGCGGCAGCGGCCCAGGGGUUCGCGCGGGCCCAGCAGGCGCCGCGGGCCAAGCAUGACGUGCAGGUCGAGAGCGCCGUGGAGGAGCGCGAGGAGCAGGAUGAGUCCUCGGAGACGGAGGUAUCGCAAGAGAAGAGCGACACGACGGAGCAGGUGCAGAACAGCGAGGGCGCGGCCCCAGGAGCUGGAUAUAGCAUCGUGAACCCCAAUGUCAUGAAGGCAGCCGCGAACGAGACGCAGGAUGGUCUGGACGUGGACUUCAUGACCCCGUACGUCGUCACGAAGGAGCCCGUGCGCGGCUUCGAGGCCAACGGCGGGAUGCAGACGACCAUGCAGCAGGGCGUUUGCUUCACCGUCGAGGUCGAGGGCAAGCAGAAGGAGUUGGAUGGCAUCGCCAAGCCCACUGUCGUGAAGGCGGCGGCGAACGAGACGCAGGAAGAUCUGGACGUGGACACCGUGACACCGAGCGUCGUCGAGAAGAGGUUCGAGGUGCACGAGGUGCUGGGUCUAGACAUGGACAUCGAGAGCUCGCACUUUGUCGAGAAGAGGUUCGAGGUCAGUGAGGCGAUGGCGUUCGGGGCGAGCACGGGGCAGUUCCACAAUGAGGCCGUGAAGGCAGAGGCGAACGAGAUGCAGGAGUUCGACGAGACUGCGCAGGGCUUCGAGGUCAACGACGGGAUGCCGAUGGCCAUGCACCAGGGUGUUUGCUCCACCGUCGGGUUCGAGGGCAAGCAGAAAGAGUUAGAUGUCAUCGUCAACCCCAUCGUGAUGGGUGGUGGUCGUAUUGCAGCGGUGCAACCUGGGGGAGCCGUGAAUGCAGACCCCGAAGCGGAAGCGGAGAUGAUUGCCCUCCGCACGGCGGUCGAAGCGGAGGACGACGUUGCGGAGCGCCUCCGCCGCUGCUCGGCUACCGGCGUGGCCGCGGCGCGGGCGCUGGUGCGGCUGCAGGAGGACCCCGCGGCGCCCACAGGCGCCGCCGCGCGCGCCGCUGCGGCCCUCGAUCUGGCCGCGCAGCAGGAGCGGAGGGCAGAAGAGCAGCACCGUUCGCGGAAGGCCUGUGCCUGGGAGAUGGCCUGUGCGAUGGUGCGCGAGG